AUGGAAGUGGUUUCAGGUGCGCUAGACGGCACAUACAUUAAAGUGAAUGUUAGUGUCGUCGAUCAACCUCGAUAUAGGACGAGAAAUGGAGAGAUUGCCACAAACAUUCUUGUGGUUUGUGAUCAAAAUGGGGAGUUCGUUUUUGUUUUGCCAGGGUGGGAAGGGUCUGCAGCCGAUUCAAGGGUUCUUAGGGAUGCGAUUUCACAACCGUAUGGAUUGAGGGUUCCAAAGGGAUACUAUUACCUAUGUGAUGAUAGAUACCCCAACACUGAAGGAAUCUUGGUGCCGUACAGAGGGGAACGAUACCAUCUCUCCGAUUGGCAUGGAGCAGGAAAUGCAUCGACAACUGCAAGAGAAUUUUUCAACAUGAAACAUUCUUCAGCAAGGAACGUUAUCGAGCGAACGGAGAUGGGAAUCGGUGCAAUGCUUGACGUGCCCGAUGAGAAGAAUUCUGCAUCAGUUGGUCUUGAUGGGGAUCAUAUUGAAUUUGUUGAAUCAUCAGAGGAAUAG